AUGGAUAUCCUUGCUACUCUGGAUGAAAUGAAAUCGAUGAAAUCGAGACACGCGACCGUGAGCGUUGACGCAAUGCUGGAAGCUCUGCAGCGUUCGAACGAGCACAAGGAACGAGAGUUGGAGGAAGAAGACGAAGCUCUGAUAAAAUCGGUGUUUAAGGGGCGAAGAGCAGCCGUUGUCUUAAAAAGGGUUGAUGAUGAUUAUGAUGAGGAUUCGGAAUUGGAUUUGCAUUCAUUAUCCGGUUCUUCAAAGAGGAUUAAAAUUUUCGAUUCUAAAACUGAUUCUCGGAUAAAAGAAAGCGUUGAUGACAGCUCCGACAAUCGAGAUAAUGGUGGCGUUCACACGGCUUCUGGUGAUAAUGGUAAAUUUGUUUUCAAGUCUCGAACGGUUCGAGUUUCUGUGAUGAAGAAAUCAGGUGCUGCUGAUUCUGAUGGGAACAAGGGGAAUGAAAAACGGGGUGCAGAACGAACCGUCUCUGGUUUACUUUCGUUAUGCCAGCAGUAUGGAAGUGAUGAAGCCGACGACCUUUGA